ACAUAAAAAAAAGCCAAUCCAUCACUUGAAAUGACUUUUACCAUCAGACUUUAUUUCACCUUUUUGCCUUAACCAUCACCUGCACUUUUAUGACCCCUUUGCAUCAUGGCUGCAAUUUUGUAGGAUUUUAAUCCUACAAAAAAACACUUAGUAAAAUAUAUUACAGUAAUGUCAUAAAGAUGUACACAGUCAUCCCUCGCUAUAUUGUGGACAAAAAAAAAAUAACAGACAUUUGCACAAAGUAUCGGUAUCCGAUCGAAAAGAACAGUGAUAUCGCACAUCACCGGUGGUCGCGUUGUUAUUACAGCAUCCGUUACGACAGCAUAUGCAAAUAUAUGCAAAUUACCCCAUGACGCCAGCGAGCUACUUCCCAGACAGCCAAUAGCAACCUUUCUUACUGAGGAGUUCGCAACACUGCCGAGUGAACACAUUUUCCGAGACGCUGAUCGAGCAGGAGUUUUAUUUCCGUCUUAAAUGGCUUAUUUAACUUUUAUUUUGUCUACUGUAUUAGGUGACACGAGUGUAAAGCCAUUUAAAGCCGCCAUUGCAACACAACGAGCUAUUGUUAAUGCCAGAAGUAUGCUGUCCAGGAAAAAAACAACAGGAAACUACUAGCACUUUUUUCUUCGCUGCAGGCCCCUGGGGCACACUUUGGACACCCCUGAUUUAGCCUCUUUGGUUCCAGAACGCCCUCCAGGCGGAGGAUCAGGUCGGCGGCAAAGCGCUCCGGCACCACGUGGAUGUCUUUAGGAAUCCUGUUUGUGCGCUGGGAAAAAGACAGCAGAACCAAUCAUAAGAGAUUUGAUAUCCUUUUUAUCACAAGCGCAUCGCUCCCUUUUAUUGAUUGUCACACGUCAACAUUUCAGAUCAUCAAAUUCAGAGAAUAGCCAAUAACUGAACAGCUAAACAGCCUUGUGUGGCAAAUGUGCAAAGGCAACAACUGCAAUCAAGGGUUUGUGAUAACUUGCAAUGAGUCUCUUACAGCGCUGAGGAGGAAGUUUAACCCGCUCAUCUUUGCAAGAUUGUUGCAGUUCAGCCACAUUAAGAGGCUUUUCCGGCAUGAAGCACUUUUUGAAGCAUCUCCAUGGGAUUCACGUCAGGACUUUGAGAGUAACGACGAGCGUCCGGACCGGAACCAGUCGCCUCGGACGGUGUCAUAGUUGUGGGGGAACGGCGAGAGUUUUAAAGGUAACAAAGAGAAGAGAGAGAGUCGGUGGCUGUCAGCCUCUCCAUGGCUGUCUCUUCUCUCCGCUGUGUGUCUGCGGGAACAUGGAGUGCGGCGCCCCUAGCGGUCACUACACGCAAUUACCGGCGCUGCUCUCUACUACAAAGGCGGGUGGACUCACUUGUCGGUCUCGUCUUUCGGCUUCCCACGGCCUCCCGAUCCACAGCAGCAGCCGUACCAGCGAUAAGCGUAGUAUGAUCUCCCUGUGGCGCAUGGGAUGAUUGCUUUCAGGUCCCCAGGCGAAGACUGGAAGGCCAAGGCCACUGUAAAAGAUGACAGCAGAUCAAGCGUGUAAAUCACCAAUCAGGGCGUCGUUCCUUUUGAAUGAGGCGAGUGGACUCACUUGUCGGCCUUGUCUUUCGGCUUCCCACGGCCUCCCGAUCCACAGUAGCAGCCGUACCAGCGAUAAGCGGAAUAUGAUCUCCCUGUGGCGCAUCGGAUGAUUUCUUUCAGGUCCCCGAGUGAUCUUUUGCCCCUUAGGUUUGAGCUCGGAGACUGGAAGGCCAAGGCCACUGUAAAAGAUGACAGCAGAUCAAGCGUGUAAAUCACCAAUCAGGGCGUCGCUCCUUUUGAAUGGAGGACUCACUUGUCGGCCUUGUCUUUCGGCUUCCCGUGGCCUCCCAAUCCACAGUAGCAGCCGUAAAAGGCGUAAGAGAAAAACGGCCUCUCCGUGGUGCACUUGAUGAUCCCCCCCAGCUCCAGGAUGCCUCUUUUGGUCCGCUGGAGUGAAGACGCAGCCUCAAUGGCCGCAACCACUGUAAAGGACGACAAUAGCUCAGUCAUUGGAACACAACGGCAGUGACAGACAGCAGUGGAUUCAAGGGAAAGCUGUCAUGUCUGGAGUGCAUCUGGACAGGAAGAGUCGCUGGCAGGAGAUCCAGAAGGGUCUACAGUUUAUUCAAUCAACCCUACCUUUUCCUGGAAGUCAGGAUAAAUAUGAAGUGUUUGUUAAGGAUUUAGUUUGGAAUCUUUUCGGGGAAGGAAACGACGUUUUUAAAGAAGGCGAAUGGACAAAAUCCAUUGAGAUGUACACAGAAGCCUUGAGUAUAGCCGACUACGCCGACUCGGAGGACAUCUGCGUGGCCAAGGGUUUGCUGGAGAAGCUUUACGCCAAUCGAGCCGCCGCAUACUUAAGCAUUGUCCCGGGACUAUAUGACCAAGCGUUAGAAGACUGUGAAAAGGCCCUUGAGCUGAAUGAUGGCAACCACAAAGCAUUGUACAGAAAAGCCAAGUCUCUAAAGGAAAUGGGGAGACAUCAAGAGGCCUAUGAUGCUGUGGCCAAAUGCUCUCUAGCUGUGCCUCAGGAUCCCAGUGUUAUACAGCUGACUCAGGACCUUGCCAAAGUUUUAGGGUUGAAAAUCCGUAAAGCUUAUGUCAGGAGUAAGCCGGCCUUGAAUGUUUUGCGCGGUUCGAGUUAUCAGGACGGCGCUUGUGAUAAGGCGUCCUUGAACUCCUCAGUUGAAGACAUAGACAUUGAAGUGCCUCCGUUGAUCCCGGAAAGCAGUGUCGUCGUGCCUGGACCCAUCCAGCUUCCGGCGGCUGUGCUCCCGCCGCUGAAUGACCCAGCAGCAGCAGCAGCAGCGGAUGAGCUUCCACUCACCAACCACAAGCCCCGUACGACCCCGUCAGAGCCUCCGGGCUUUGAGUCUCGCUCCAAAUCCGUACCCUUGUCUGCCCCGCUCCCCGUCCCCAUGUUUAUGAACGGCUGCCGGACUAGUAAACCCCACUCGCUGCUCGAUGCCGGUCAAGAUUUUGAAGCCGAUAUCAUAGGGGACGACCUGGAUGACCUGCUGGACCAGGCUGGCCCCAACACAGCCAUGGUCAUACCAACAGUGAAGGGUCCUCUUCCUUUGCCGACCAGUAUCGCCUCAGCCAGCUCCAUGUCCAAUCCGCUGCUCAUGCUGUCUCACAUCAACCCCUUCCUGCAAUCAAGUUCCCAGCAGUGCACCGUGAAUCUGCCCCCGCUCUAUCACCAGUCGGGGUCCACGUCCUAUUUCGGCAUGAACACUUUUGACACCCUACCCCAAACCAUGGAUUCUCUGGAUAGCCUCUCAAUAUCGGACUAUAAAACCGAUUUUUCUCCAAGUCCUUUCAUGCCACAGAUUAACAACACUGAAACUCCGAUGGGAAUGGCGGUCGGAAUGCCAGAAGUCAAGGCCCCUCCCGCGACCGUCGACCUGGGAAAGAACCCUUUGCAAAAGCACGAAUUCAAACAGGCGUGUUCGGUCUGCUACGUCAAAACAGGUCCUGGCGUGUUGGACUACACGCUCCACACCGAAGAGCACAAAUGCAAAAAGGACGUUUUACUGGGACGGUCGAAGCAUUCGCCGGAUAAAACGUGGAAGCUCAUUCGGCCCAGACCAACGAAAAACCAAUAUGCGGGGCCUUAUUACAUUUGCAAAGAGGUGGCGGUGGGUAAGGACUGUCUCUAUCCCGGCCAUUGCACCUUCGCGUACUGUCAGGAGGAACUGGAUGUUUGGACGCUGGAGCGAAAAGGCUUCAUCUCCAGGGAGCUUCUCUUCGAUCCUUUUGGCGCCAGUUCCACCGUGAGGUUGACGGUGCCUAAGAUCUUGCAAGAGCACCCAGAGAUAUUUGUCUUCCUGUGCGGAGUGUGUUUUGACCACAAACCCAGAAUAAUCAGCAAAACCAAUAAAAACGACCCGUCGCUUUGCUCUCACCCGGAGACGAGGCACGACUUUGAAAAACACAAGUGCCUGGUCCACAUUUUAAAGGAGAACACGGUGCGCUACUCCAAAAUCCGAAUGUUGAACCACCUCUGCCAACUCGACCUGUGUCGGCAUGAAGUCCGAUACGGCUGCGUGAGGGAGGACGACUGCUUUUACGCUCACAGCCUCAUUGAGCUGAAGGUCUGGAUGAUGCAGCAGGAGUGUGGUAUCAGUCAUGAAAGUAUUGUUCAAGAGGCCACCAAAGUUUGGAAUGCAAAUAUUGCACUGCGGGGCACCCAGUCUCCAGGCCAGAGAAGGUUCGGGCCUCCUAAUCUGAAGAUGAUGUUUGUUUGUAGCCAGUGUUGGAGAAACGGCCAACUAAGCGAAGCCGACAAGAACAAAAAGUAUUGCUCAGCCAAGGCGAGGCACACGUGGGCCAAAGACAAACGUGUGGUGCUUGUAAGCUCCAUUGAAAGGAAAAAGUGGACAAUAGUUAGACCCCUUCCUACCAAAAAGCCAAUCCCAGCUCAGUUUGAGAUUUGCAUGCACAUAGCAGCUGGCAAGAAGUGCCAGUACGUCGGCAACUGCUCCUUUGCUCACAGCACGGAGGAACGAGACCUUUGGACCUUCAUGAAGGAAACCAACAUUGCAGACAUGGAUCAGCUUUACGAGCAGUGGCUGCUGUCUCAGAAGCCGGGCUGGGGCGAGGAGAGCGCCAGUAACUCUGUGAAGGAGAACGGCAAGCAGAUCCACAUGCCCACGGACUACGUGGAGGAACUGGACGGCAACCAUUGUUGGCUCUGCGGUAAGAACUGUAACAGCGAGAAGCAGUGGCAGCAGCACAUCACCUCGGAAAAACACAAAGACCGCGUUUUCAACUCCGAGGACGAUCAGAACCGCUGGCAGUAUCGCUUCCCUACCGGUACUUUCAAAGUCUGCGAAAGGUUCCUGGUAGGCACGUGCUUCGAGGACGACUCUUGCAAGCUAGCCCACGGCGAGCAGGAGCUCAGGGAGUGGAUGGAGCGGCGGGAAGUGCUUUUGAUGAAACUGGCCAAAGCCAGAAAAGACCACCUUAUAGCGCCAAACGACAAUGACUUUGGAAAAUACAGUUUUCUCCUUAAAGACAUCAAGUAAUGACAUGACAACACACUAAGAGUCCACACGUGAAGACAAAUAGUAUUCAAACUUGCGUCCCCCGGUGGGCGGGGGGAGAGAGGAAAUGGGAUCUCGGAGAAGCAUCCAGGAAAGUAGCCUGAUCACAGCAUGAUUUUUAAAGCAGGUCCGAUACCCGAUAACCCGAGCAGCGUCUGGUUUCUCCUCGGGAGCGUAAACCCAGCAACACGAGCUUUGCGACGCACCGCUCAGUAGGACAUCCGAAAAGGACGAUGGAACCAAGAGCCCCGAUCAGACGAGUUCCACUCCAGUCCACCUCUAGUCUCUUUUCAUAUGUUUAUGACCUCCAUAUUUGGCCUUUUUACUAAUUACACGCAGACAGCGAAAGCUUAUGACAUUUAUUUUAAUCCAUCAACAUACAUCACGUAACAGCUGUCUCAUAUUACCAGUAUAACCAGCACCACACCAAAUAAAGUUUUUUUUUUUUUGAGUACAUCUAAAAAGGUAUGUUUGUUUCCUCCUUAACAACCAAAAAAGGCAUAUUUAGGUUUUUUGGUAUUGGAGAUCUGGGUUGGAAUCAAACUUGCGGGGAGAUGGGAUCUCGGAGAAGCAUCCAGGAAGUAGCCUGAUCACAGAAUGACAUAAGACUGGGGAGGGUGCAUGUUUUCUCCUACUUCCACAUUCCCAAGUUAGCAUUUUAGGCUAACUAAAUUGACCUCAGAUGUGCAUGUUUGUGUAUAUGUGUCCUGUAAUUAACUGUAUUCCCAGCCAAAAGUCAGCUGGGAUAGGCUCCAUCCUGCUCAACCAAUGAGACCCGCCUUUAAUUGUCAUGGCGCCAACACCUGCUGCAAGUCCUCCACUUCCAGCUUCCACAUCCUCCUAUGAAGGUCCGCCUGUUCGGAGAGAUCGGCUAUCUUCACGGCGCGGAUGACUGGCUCCGGGGAGACUUCCUGGACGGCACCCAUCACCAUCACAUAUUUACCUACAGGUUCAAGAAUGACCGCCAUUAAACCGGAAGCUACCCAUCACCAUCACAUAUUUACCUACAGGUUCAAGAAUGGCCGCCAUUAACCGGAAGCUAAGACCUGGAACGAACAAACAUCUUACCUGAGGACAAACAUGGCUUCCCUUUGGGGAUACUAUUCACGCCGUGGACGGCGAACGUUCCCGUUUCGUCCAUGAGCAGUAAACUGUCGAGCUCCAGCUGGACUUCCAGCACCGUGCCCUGCAUCCAUACCAGCGACACCGGCAGGCAGCGAGCCCGUGUCAGGCCGACGACCCAGCCGGAACCGCUCGGCUCGCCGGACUUUGCUGUUCUCAACUGGCUGGCGAGGACCUUCACUGGCGGGGGACGCUUCCUGUCGCCGGCUGCUUUAUCCGGUUUGUCCAUUUUUUUUAAAAUCACAUGUCACUUUUAUUUACGUAAACUUAAACCUUCCACUUCCCGCCUCAGGAUGGGCUUCCGUAAACGUCAUUGCCGGUACAGCUCUUUCGAAAUAAAAGCACAGCGGAAGUCGCCUUGUAAAGUUUCGUUUAGUGAUGUGAAAUUAUGCGGAAAAGGGUGCAUAGAAACUAUAGUUUCAAUAGUUAACAAAUAUGAAGCAACUUAUAAAUAUAAACUUAUAAAUGUGGAACGAGUACACAACAUUAUUGGAUCAUGCUAUAGCAUACCUGUAUGGAAUAAGUCGCUAAUUUGAUUAACCUGCAUUCAGCUCCAUUAUCCAGUAAGACCAAAUAACGCGGUCAUAGUUUCAUUAAAUAACUUUUAUUUCUUUAAGAAUAACAGAAGAAAAGCGUUAGCAAUUUCUGUACAAUUUCUGUUUCACUGUGAGUUUUUUUUUUCCCUUGGAUUGGAUGUGUUGAAACCCACCAAUGAUCACUGGGGGGGCGGGGCUGAGAAAUGUUUACGUCGCCACGUAGUGCAUGUUUUUUUAAAAAAAGAACAAGAUUUUUUUUUUCUUGGAGAAAAAAAAAAGUCCACAGGCGUCAGUCAAGUUUCCUUCAGAUAGAUUCCGAGAAAGAAGUCUUCUUGAAGCGUCCUGUUGACUCGACCCCUCUCUCGCUUCCAUGAUGGCAGCGCUUGUGUCCCAGUUCAUUGUCAAAAAAAAAAAAAAAAGAAAAAAAUGAAGAGGCACAUUAGAAAUACUGCCAUUUUCCCAGGACUGUGUCUUUGAUUGCAUCGACGAACUGUGCAGGCACCCAAUAGACCCAAUACUGAGACGCUUCUGUGGGACCCAACUGGAACGCCUGGGAAUCAUACAAAAAUAUCAUACAUUGUACAUAAUAGUAUAUGAAAAAUACAACAAAAUUAUUGUUACAUUUUUUCACGGCUCUCCUGUCAAAAAAGAGAAAAUUGUGACGAUAACCACAGAACAGGAACACUUCCUUAGAUGCCAAGCCUCCAUCAUGCAUCAUCAAAAAAGUAGUUUUACUUUAUUACAGUUUUAUUGCACAACUCAACUUAUUUGUACGCGUAGAUCUUUUAAAAUGAAGUCCGCAAUGUGACACUUUAUGUAAGAUCUUCACACGGCACUAAAGAAGACAAAAAGGCGCUCACAUUUCCCACUCGACUCGAGAGCCUGAAGCGGCAGAGCGUGACCUCCGGUCGCCCUCGUCUGACCGUCACGUCGGCGUUUAUAGCCGCUUCAGACAGCAGCGAGCGCGCUCACUUACCAUCAUGUGAUAGUCCUCGUGCUCUUCAAUGGGCUCGGACACCACGUUCUUAAUGGAGCCCAUCGGGACCUUCUCUGUCCUCUCUGCACACACAAAGAUGACACGGUGAUGUCAUUGUCACUGUCACUGUCAUUCAGUGACAACGAUGACGGCGUCGUCUCACCUUUAGUGCCGAUCCAGAGCUGAUCCUGCUCCAGUUUGAACGUGAGUCUUACUUUCCCACCGGACUUGUUGUACAUUCCGGAUAAAGGCACUGUCGGUAGUCGCUCCUGUGAGGAGACACGGCCGUCAGUCACGUUGAACGCCAACACGGCAAAACUGUAAAAACACUCACUUUUGUUCCUUUAAUAGCCGGCAUGACGUCCUCUGGUUUACCUUUAUCCAACACCUUCCUGUGUUGCUGAAAUAAUAAUCAUAAUAUUAAUAAUAAUACACAUUAGAGCAUACACUAUAGCUUGUUUAGCGCUGUAGCUUAUAAGUCAGGAACAAGAUCAUCCUGUCUGAGGCUGCAUGAGUGCUACCAGAACGAGGUGAGCUGCGGUUCCUUGCGGGGAAACGAUGAAGCAAAAACUGGCUGAGCCUGAACACACCUCCAAGGAGGAGGAGUGUGUGUCUUUUGCUUUUUCUUUGAAUUUUUACAGCUUUUUUUUUUGCAAGGAAAAAUUUUUUGCUCAUAAUUUUUUUGAAUUAGAG